AUGAAGCUAUUAACAAGCGCUUAUGGUAUUGUCAAUUUGUUGGCAUUAAGUGCCAUCGGAUUAUCGCGACAAGUGCCCAAAAAGGACCACUCUACUAGGGAAUACUUUGCGGUAGAAAGCACUUUACCACUUUUUAAACUCUUAGCACUUUAUCCAAACUGGACUUUCGAGCAUGAAGCUCGGGGCUUGGAGAAUCACUAUGUCUUCUCCACAGACAUCGACCAGAAGCUGAAACGAGAAGACAUCAACGUAAUGAUGGCAGGCAUUGCCUCGUUUCAUGCCCUACCGCCUAAGAGACUGAACAAAAGAAUGCCAGUCCCCAAAGAACCUACUGAUUCAAGCCUAAAACCGCUACAAGACGCAAGAGAUCAUCUGUCCAUCGAGGAUCCUUUAUUCGAUAGACAGUGGCACCUAAUAAACACAAACCAUCCAGGAAAUGAUGUCAAUGUCACUGGGCUAUGGUACGAGAAUAUCACAGGCCAUAACGUGGUGGCGGCGAUUGUUGACGAUGGACUCGAUUACGAGAGCGAAGACCUUAAGGAUAAUUUUAGUGCAGAAGGUUCAUGGGAUUUCAAUGACAAUAAUCCGCUCCCAAAACCUCGACUAGCUGAUGAUUAUCACGGCACCCGAUGCGCUGGAGAAAUCGCUGCCGUUAAAAACAAAGCUUGCGGCAUCGGGGUCGCAUACGAUGCAAAAGUGGCAGGAAUUCGUAUUCUUUCCGGGGAUAUUACUUCAGAGGAUGAGGCCGCAUCUCUUACCCACGCUCUAGACGUAAACGACAUUUAUUCGUGUUCAUGGGGCCCCUCUGACGAUGGCCGCACAUUGCAAGGUCCAGACGAAUUAGUAAAGAAAGCUCUUGUGACCGGUACAAUGAAAGGUAGAAAUGAAAAAGGCGCGCUUUAUGUCUUUGCUAGUGGAAAUGGUGGAAUGUAUGAGGAUAAUUGCAAUUUUGAUGGGUACACAAACUCAAUCUACUCUAUAACUGUUGGCGCGAUCGAUCACAAGGGUCUACACCCGCCUUAUUCUGAAUCUUGUUCUGCAGUUAUGGUCGUGACAUAUUCUUCAGGCUCGGGCGAGCACAUCCACUCCACCGAUAUCCACGGCGGCUGCAGUGAUACACACGGCGGAACAUCUGCAGCGGCUCCUCUAGCGGCCGGUGUUUACUCCUUGGUCUUGGAUGCAAAUCCUAAUUUAACUUGGAGAGAUGUUCAGUAUCUCUCGAUUUUGUCUUCUGUUGAAAUAAAUAGUAAUGACGGAAACUGGCAAAUGGGAGCUCUAGGAAGGAGCUAUUCGCACAAAUAUGGCUACGGUAAAUUAGAUGCCUACAACAUUGUAGACAUGGCGCGUACCUGGGAAAAUGUUGGUCCCCAAUCUUGGCAUUAUUUGCCCACGCAAGAAGUGGAAUCGUCAACGAAACAAACAGAAGAGACGCUGGAAUCAUCCGUCAGAAUCACAUCCGAGCAAUUGAGGAACUCAAACUUCAAACGUGUUGAGCAUAUCACUGUAACUGUCAGUAUUGGUACAACGAAUAGAGGACAAACAACCGUGGACCUUAUAUCGCCAAGUGGAAUGAUAUCAAACCUAGGCGUCACCAGACGGAACGACAAUUCCCAAGAAGGGUUCGACAACUGGACUUUUAUGUCCGUUGCGCACUGGGGUGAAUCAGGUGAAGGUGAAUGGAAACUUAAAGUGAGCACUACACAAGAAACUAACACCGUUACUUUAAAGAAUUGGAGACUUAAACUUUUCGGAGAGUCACUCGAGCCUUCAAGGGCCGAAAAGUUUGAGUAUGGGAAUGAUAACGAGAACGAGACCACGGAAUCGAGCAGCACGUCUCUGUCGACUCAGGCGCCGUCUUCUACGGCUACGGAAUCAGCAAAACCCACUGGGGACCCUCCUACUGCAACAGAAUCCGCUGCAGCUAAAAUUACUGCAACGCCUACCGAUGACACAUCGGAAGUGAACAAACCAAACAGACUCCCCCCUCCUUUUGAUGGAAUGCGCUACUUUCUCGCGAUAUUCGUAGUUGGAGCAGUAGCUCUCCUUCUAUAUUUUCUCUUUUUUGUGAGGUCGAGAAGGCUUAUUAGAAGAAGCCGUGCGGAAACGUACGAGUUUGACAUCAUUGACACGGAUUCCGAAAACGACUCCUCGCUUAAUGCCACGUCCAAUCCAAAUGCAGAAUUGUUGAAUGAGAGGCACGCCGACGACUUUGACUUUGACCUUUCGGAUGAAGAGCUGUUGAGAAGUAACUCCGGAUCCCCGAAACCUGCACAAGACAGCGCCAUUGGUGGUGCUCCAAGUAAUAUCGACGAGGUACUGAAAAACCCUUUCGAAGAUGGUGCUCCUGCUGUAAAGGACGGCGGAAAUACCUUGGACAGAGAAUCCUCCUCCAAGUAA